CACCAAACAGGCACUGAAUUGGAAGAGGACAAAUGGGGAUCUGGGUAAAGGUUCGGGAGAUCUCUGGUCUAAGAACCAGGGACCCACACCCGUUUCGGGUUUCCUGUGGCGCGCUCGGCGCUCGUGCUGGCGAAGUUCCCAAGUUAACGAGCUCUUACCUCUCAUCGUGCAACUCAUCGCAGCCCUUGGCCCUUGCUGCCCUGCAACUCACCGCUCACCUCCAGCUGAGCUCCAAGACUUUCCUCUCCUCUAAUCCUCUGCCAAACUCUUCACUCAUGCUCAAACUCUGGCCUCAUCUUCACGGCCCACACCAGCCUCUCACCGUGGCACCCUACCAUCAGCCCGUCACUGCGAGUCAACACCGCUUACCUCUAGCUCCUCCAAGGCUGGGUUGUCCUCUUUCUCUUUCUGUUGUCGCGUGGCUUCCUCCUCUACAGCUUUGCCUCAGAAUCUUUUCAAACUCUCCAACUCUAGGUUCUGACAAUAAUGGGAAUUUCUUCAAUUUAUUUGAGGAGUUGGAGGAGAAUGAUAAUGAGGAUGAUGAGUCUGAGGAGGUUAUUUCCUCAACUUGAAAUUAUUGAUCAAGUCUAGCUCAAGUUGCAGCUGUAGAGUUUGCUUUGCUGGAUUGGAUGGAUAUGUAUGCAUCUGCCACUUCUUAGACUCUUUUAUGUGCUUUUUCUUAAUGAAGUUAUUGCUGGACA